GCAGUGAAGGGCCCAGAACUGGACAGAGUACUCGAGGUGUGGUCUCACCAGUGCUGAGUACAGGGGGACAUAAAGCGCCCUUUGCCCCUCUGGGGCACUUGCCUUCCUCACUUGGUGGUUCUCCUGGUCCCCUGUGAUGUCAGAAUGGAGUGGCUGUGACUGCCCACGGCCUCACCACUCUGCAGCCCCCAGGUCCCUCCCCGCACAGUUGGGCCACUGCUCCUGCGGGUGCACAGGCACAGUGUACAGGCUGGAGCAGGACCUUGGGCAGGUGCUGAAGCUUGGCUCUGUGGAGGGCAGCAGCUCUCUUGGCUGUGCGAAGGCAGCCUCUGCUGGUGCGGCUCAGCCCUCUGCUCAGUUGUGAGGCGCCACAGGUCCCACAGGUCAUCUGUCCUGGGGACAUAGGCAGGAGGAGGUGCUGGAGCUCUUGGCACCUCUGAAGACUUUCCAAGAGUUUGUCUGUCUUCCUUGAUCACCUCCUUCAGGAAUUAGGUUCUGAGGAAUCUCUGGAGGAGAGGAGCACUGUUGCAAUGGCCAGCAGGAGCCAUCUGCAGCAGGAAGGCCCAUUGGAGGCAUCAGAAGACUAUCGCUGCGCCAUCUGCCUGGACAACAUCAACAACAUGGCAUGCGUGGUCUCGUGCUUCCAUCGCUUCUGUUCUGGCUGCAUCCAGCGGUGGGCUACCAGGAGACCUGUGUGCCCACUCUGCAGGCAGCCUAUUGACCGUGUCCUGCACACGGUGAGAGCAGAUGACAACUACCAAGAGUACGUAGUUGGCUCAUCCUCCCAUUGGCGGAGAAGAAGGGGCAGGGAGAGGUCCAGGAGCAGAUCCCCGCUGAGGCACAGGCAGCCCAGGAAUGACGGGUUCCCCGAGAGAAGGAGUUCCAUGGGCAGCGGCCAAGUGUCAAGGAGUGACGCAGCUCCAGGGUCCUCAAGCACCAGCUCCCAGCAGGCUCCUGCAACAAACACUUCUGGGGAGCGAAGCUCGCCGAGAACAGGGGAGCGCACGGUCAGCCCUGGUGAUGGAGAGUACGUCUGCAUCGGCAUACUGCAGCUGCCACCUCUACGGAUCCAGCUCCCCAAUCAGAGAGCCCAGUAAACAUCUGGAGGCUUUUCAGGGCAUGGCUUUUACCAAACCAAAGAGCAAUCCCUUUCAGGGAAUACUUUCCAGCAUCGUCUCAAGGACACAUUAAAUCAAUAGGGGAGGAUUUCCUGGAUUGUGCGAUGAUUUCAUUUAAUGUAAAUGCUGCAACAGAGAAUGCUUCACUCCUUGUCUCCCAGCCUCCCUUUUCCAAGCACCAGGGCAGGAAUGUCCAAGCUCUGAGCAGCAUUGUGGCUGUGGGUCCUAAAGAACUGCUGUCAACAGUUCCUAAAGGCCUGGUUUGGCCCUGUUCCAUGACUAUUGGGGCAGGGGGACUUAUCGACCCACGCCCUGGGAGAAGGGCAAGGGGGAAAAGGUAGAAGGUAGGGAGAUGGGCCUAAAAACAAAACAGUGGCAGUGAGCUAAGGGAGAAAACUAAUUUACUAAAUAAAAUAGCAGCAUACAAGAUAACACAAUGUAGUACAAUGUAAUUGGAAUUGAAGCUAAUAAAUCAAAUAAAAU